CACGUGGUUUUGUUGUGGUCUAAGGUUGUUGCAUGUGCACAUUCACAAGAUUAACAGAAGUAGUUUUCUUCGUGUAGAUAGUUACAUGAAGUUAUUCUUAUUCAACUCAUAAGUAGCAAUAUUUAUCUCAUCAGAAAUUAUAACGUAGAAACAAGAUUUUACAUAAUAGAUUGAUCAAAAUAUAAAUACUUAAGAAGUUGAUAAAUAACAAUAUUAGCAUGGUUUUGUUUAUGGGCCUCAGGGUAGAAUGUUAUUAAGAAAUCUGGAAGAACAUUGGUUUUUGCAUUGCAUUACAAUGUCACCUUAUAACAUAUUUUUAUCAGAACAAUUGAGUAAUACCUUAAAUUUUGUUACUAAAAAUCCAAUGGGCAAGAUUCCAUUUGGACUAGCUACUAUAAAAGAUACAAAAAAUUCUUGGAAUGAAAAUAUUCAGCCAAUGACAUCAAAGAUGGAAUAUCACAAAAGUGCAGAAGUAGCCAUAUUUAGUGAUAACAGAGAAGCUAAAAGUUUGUACCAUAAAAUACAAAAAGAACGUAAAAUUUGGUGGCGCAAAUUAGCUCAACAACCAUCUAGAUUUAAAAUUACAGAAACAAGGAGAAGCAAAGAUCUAGAUUUGGUAGAUAUAGAAGCUCAAUUUCCAUUUGGUACCAUUACCGUAGAAAAAAUAACUUAUCAUACAGACAUUAAAAAACUAUUACUUCAGAUUGAUAAUAAAAAAGAUCUUGUCGACAUACAAAUGGUCGAACAUGUAGUAUCUUUAGAUUGGGGUUGCUUAGCACUACUAUGUGAUGCUUAUAACAUAGAUGAAACAGCUAAAAUGCAUAUACAUUCUAAAUUAGCACCACACAAAGUUGCGAUUCAUAUAAAGAAGUCAGAGAAUGAAACAAAUACUGGAAGUGAUGAUUUAAAUCGCUUUGUACUUUACUUAAACAACAUGCUUAGAACAAAGGGCCUGAAUACUAUAUUAACCAUCUCAGAAGAAGUUGUGAAUGCGUGCUUAGUUCCUUUUAUAGUUUUAGUUGACAGGACUAGUCUUGAAAAUGGCAUUAUAUAUGUAACAAACAGGUCAACAACUCUUAACCAAGCAAUUCACAUAACUGAUUUAGCAAAAUAUAUAACGAUGCAUUGUUAACCAAUUGAUAUGGUUGAAUAUUUUGUAUCAAUAAAAUUUUUGUGUUACGCUUUUCAAAUAUAUUAUUAGUAUAGAUAUUCUUUUAAUUAAUAAGGAAUAUAACAAAUUGUAGAAACAGUAAUAAAUUUUGUCUCAGUUUUGUAUUUGAUAUAUUACUCACUAAUUUGUGAAAUAUGCAGCUACUUCAUUCUGUCAUAUAUUUGAAAAAAAAAAUGUGACUUUAUGAAAUCAAUAAGAAUAAGAUUCCAAAAGGUACAUGUAACCACAUGGAAUUAAGUUGGACAGUUACACGUAUUGACAUUCUGCGAAAGUAUGAGAAAUUGGAAUGCUUUGUGCUUAAUAAAAUUGAUACUUUAUA